AAAACAGAGCAGAAUCUUUAUUUAAGGCCUGAAAAAGGGUGAAGGACAAAUUAAAAAGCCAAGUAAAAGCUGCCAUUAAAAUCACAGGAUCAACGACAUCAACUGUUGAACCCAUGAACAAGGCAACCAAAUUCCCUGUCUUCAACCCCUUAUGUGGCACGCUAUGAUAGGAUCUUCAACACUCUCUUUUCACUCCGUGUGAUUCAACUCCUCUUUACAAAAUUAUCACUCUUCCCCACACUUUAUUUAAAGUAGCUAGAUUAUUUCUGAAAUCAUGAAGCAAAAAGAUGAAAAGAAUCAGUCCCAAUCUGAUAGAGCUUUGAAGAUUAUCCCUGUAACGUUACUGGUUUUCGCGUUAUGCGGGUUAUCGUUCUAUCUUGGUGGAAUCUUCUGUUCUGAGAAAAGCUUAUUGGAAGGGAAGAUAGUCCAAGAGCUUUCCAAGGCUGUUUCUUCGCCCGAAUAUUCUGCAGAAAAUGCCCUUCAAAUCAAAUCUGUUACCUUCUCGGAAUGCAGCAUCGAUUAUCAAGACUACACUCCAUGCACCGAUCCCAGGAGGUGGAAGAAGUACGGUUACCGUCGGCUUACUUUCUUGGAACGCCACUGUCCUCCGCUGUAUGAGAGGAAGGAAUGCUUGGUUCCACCCCCUGUAGGAUACAAACCACCAAUCAGAUGGCCAAAGAGUCGGAAAGAAUGUUGGUACAGGAACGUCCCGUACGAUUGGAUCAACAAGCAGAAGUCUAAUCAGAAUUGGCUGAAGAAAAAAGGGGAGAAGUUCCUUUUCCCUGGUGGUGGUACUAUGUUCCCUAAAGGAGUGGGUGCAUAUGUUAAUUUAAUGCAGGAUCUGAUCCCUGAAAUGAGAGAUGGCACAGUUCGAACUGCAAUCGAUACCGGUUGUGGGGUAGCAAGUUGGGGGGGCGAUCUAUUAGAUCGUGGAAUUCUGACGCUUUCUCUUGCUCCGAGAGAUAAUCAUGAAGCUCAGGUCCAGUUCGCGCUAGAACGUGGGAUACCAGCAAUCCUUGGUGUCAUUUCUACACAGCGCCUUCCUUUCCCUUCAAGCUCAUUUGAUAUGGCUCAUUGCUCAAGAUGCCUUAUCCCAUGGACUGAAUUUGGUGGAAUUUAUCUCCUUGAAGUUCAUCGAAUACUCCGCCCAGGUGGUUUCUGGGUCUUGUCUGGCCCUCCUAUAAACUACGAACACCGCUAUCAAGGAUGGAAUACAACUAUCGAAGAGCAGAGAGCAGCUUUAGAAAAGUUGCAGGACUUAUUGACAUCAAUGUGCUUUACAGUGUAUGCUACACAGGGUGAUAUUGCUGUGUGGCAGAAAUCUUCAGAUAUUGGCUGCUAUGAGAAGCUCACCGGUCCAGAUGUCUAUCCAGCCACGUGUGAUGACAGUAUCGAACCGGAUGCAGCAUGGUACACUCCGUUACGCCCAUGUGCUAUAUCUCCAAGACAAAAGCUUAAGAGGUCAUCCGUGGGUUCCCUGCCAAAGUGGCCACAGAGGUUAAACAUCGCACCUGAGCGCAUUUCAGAUGUUCCUGGUGGGAGUGGCAAUGCUUUAAAGCGCGAUGACAGCAAGUGGAAAAUGCGAGCCCAGCACUACAAAAAGAUCCUCCCAGCUAUUGGGACUGAUAAGAUUAGAAAUGUUAUGGACAUGAAUACAGUCUAUGGAGGUUUAGCUGCAGCUCUCAUUGAUAAUCCCUUGUGGGUCAUGAAUGUAGUCUCUUCCUACUCUGCCAACACAUUACCAGUUGUCUUUGACCGGGGCCUUGUUGGCACUUAUCAUGACUGGUGUGAAGCUUUUUCGACAUAUCCUCGAACAUACGAUCUCCUUCACCUCGAUGGCCUCUUUGCUGCCGAGAGCCACAGGUGUCAUAUGAAGUAUGUGCUGUUGGAAAUGGACCGAAUCCUGCGACCGGAGGGGCACGCAUUAAUACGGGAAUCCAACUACUUCAUGGAUGCUAUCGAGACCAUUGCGAAGGGAAUGAGGUGGAACUGCCACAAAGAAGAUACUGAAAAUAGUGGGGAGAAGGAAAAAAUACUAGUAUGCCAGAAAACUCUGUGGUAUGCCUCCUCUACUAACAGUACAAGAUGAUCCCAAAAGUCUUCUUUGCCUAGUUAAAACCAUAAUUAUUGUUCCAACAGUAUGGGAGCUGAAUGAAACAAAUGAGUAUUCCCUGCUUUCGAUACACAAAAAUGGAUAAAUUAAUAAGAUAUUCCAAAGAAAUCAACAAACUUUUGAAUUCAUCAUGUUCUUCAGCUGAAGAAUUAGCCCCCCAAUAAUAUCAUUUUGUUACCUUAUAGAUAUAACGUCUUUGUAAGGCAUCUUUAUAAAUAUAUUUUAUAUAUAUAUAUAAACAGUCCUCAUUAUUAUUAUCUUCAUUUUUGGGGGGCCUUUAUUCUUUGUUGUUAACAAGUCCAAAAAUCAAAAACCCCAAUGGGUUAUUCAUGAAUAGAACAGAUAUUUUAUCAUUCCAGCUGUGAUCUAAUAAACAGUUCUUUGGUAGUUGAGUUUA